AUCUGUUUAUUUUAAUGCAACAUGAAUUCUGACCAAGUGUUCUUCUCCUCAACACAAGCAAAGUUUUUAACUUUUCUCUUACUUGCACUUUAGAUUUUAGUAAUGGUUUUGGGUCUCAGAGAACACACUUCAACGAGGGAGAAUCGUUGACCCUUUUCUAUCUCUAUGGCUGCGACAACAUCUCUUGGUGUAGCUGAACUUGCAAGUUCUCAACUUUGCUGUCAAAAUUUGAGGACAAGACGCUCUUCUCUUGCACUGAAGAGAACACGCAAAUGGGUGUACCCUGGUGGGGUGUGUGUUGGUGGAGCCAUGAGGAUUUUGGAGGAUGAGAAUCCAUGGAAGCCCGGGAAGAUAAUGGCGCAUUUGGUUGAUCAUCAUCAAAUGGAUGGUGAUGUCUCCCAUGGAUCGCAUAAGGAUUUAGUCUCCCUUCCAAAGCCAUUAUCCAUAUCUGAUAUUGUGGCUGCUUCUGAUGGUGGUGCUAAAGUACGAGUAUCAUAUAAGGGGAUACCAGGAUCAUACGGUGAGGAUGCCGCACUCAAAGCUUACCCUAAUUGUGAAACAGUUUCAUGCAAUGACUUUGAAGAAGCUUUUAAGGCUGUUGAAUUAUGGAUUGCUGAUAAAGUUAUCGUUCCAAUAGAAAAUACGUCUGGGGGAAGCAUUCAUCGUAACUAUGAUUUACUUCUUAGGCAUAGGCUUCACAUUGUUGGUGAGGUGCAGUUGGCUACUAACCUCUCGCUUCUAGCUCUGCCUGGUGUCAGAACAGAGUACCUAAAACGUGUACUAAGUCAUUCUCAGGCUCUUGAUUUGAGUGACAACUUCCUCACUAAAUUAGGUGUUGCCAGAGAAAAUGUUGAUGAUACAGCUGGUGCUGCUCAGAUUAUAGCUUCAAACGGUCUGUAUGAUGCUGGUGCAAUUGCAAGCAUUCGAGCUGCGGAAAUCUAUGGGCUUAAUGUACUUGCGGAACGAAUCCAAGAUGAUUCUGAAAUCAUCAGUCGAUAUCUUGUGCUAGCAAGGGAUCCUAUAAUUCCAAAAGCUGAUAAGCCCUUUAAGACAAGUAUUGUGUUUACACUCGACGAAGGCCCUGGAGUGCUGUUCAAGGCUUUAGCAGUAUUUGCAUUGAGGGACAUAAAUUUAUCCAAGAUUGAAAGCCGGCCACAGAGAAAUCGGCCUUUAAGAGUUGUGGAUGACUCUAACACUGGAACAUCCAAGUAUUUUGAUUACCUUUUCUAUAUUGAUUUUGAGGCGUCUAUGACCGAGCCACGAGCACAGACUGCUUUAGGACAUCUACAGGAAUUUGCCACAUUUCUUCGGGUGCUUGGUUGCUAUCCCAUAGAUACAACCAUAUAGAUUAUACUUUAUAGCUGUGUGCUGUUAUAUCGGUUAAGUUUUCAAUAAAUGUCAUCACAUUAAAACCUGAAACUUGGAAGAGGAUUGGGAGCUAACUUCAUGUCCAAGUAAAAGAAGAGCUGUCAGAAAUCAGAACGAAAUGUAUAUGAUUACAUUUGCUGAUCCUAGCCUUAGAACUGUUCGUGUUUGAUGGUCAUUGAAGAUGAUGUUCAAGAACUCUUUCAAGAACUCCAAGAAGGAUACUGAGGUAUAAGGGUUUAGCCAAAUAUGUACUUUUCUUUCGAUCACACAUUGUCAAACCUAACAAAAGGAACAAGAAAAAGGAAAAAAAAUUCGUUGAUGCAUUGUUUCACACUGAAAUAGCGGUAAUCAAGAAGAACAUGUUUGGUUCGCAUC